AUGUUAGAGGACCUUGAAGAGUAUGUCACUGCUGUGAAGAAGGGCCCCAGGGCUCUAGAGAAGCGCUUCGAAGAUGAUCCUGAGUUCGACGAAGAAUGUCGGCUGGUGUUCCGAGUGAAGAAGGUGGAGUUCGCCGGUGGCGGGCUGUGCCACACCAUCACCAUCAAUGCAGGGGAGGAUCCGUCCUCCCCGGAUGUGACCGUGCCAAACCCUCUGUGGGGUUUGGGGUCGGAGUGCCAUUCGAUCAUGGAGUUCAUUGGGCGAAGCUUCAUUGGGCAGAAGCGGAGCUUCGCCGAGACGGUCACGAGGAAGCAACUCCACACAAACCUGGAGUUUGUGAUUCGGAAGCUUUCUGGAGUUGUUGGAGUAGUUGUUACAAGAACAGAUUACCAGAAGAUCGUUGGCAAGAAGCAUGUCAAAAACAAGAGGAAACGGAGCAAGAUGGAGUUCGGCAUGCUGCUUGACGAGAUCUCCGCUCCUCGCGUCCUCUCUUUCCUGUAUGAUGAUUUCGAUCAUGAAGGGGAUUGCUUCUCUGAUGAGUAUGGUGACUUCGAUGCUGAUGAUGAUGACAGUGAAGAUGACCAGAUGCCGCGGAGCAUCCCGGGUCUGGACCAGACCCGCUCCAAAGGCGAGCUUGCUUCAGCGGCCCUUGAGAUUGAGGAUGUUGUUGCGGAUGAAGCGCAGCACAUGCUGACGAUCAGCUUCAAAAGCCCCCUGCGUGCUUUUGCACAGAAGUCCCAACGCAAGGACGGCACGAUGACUUUCGAAGAGGUUGACCCCAAAGCGGCAGCGCCGGCCCCUGCAGGAUCCCACCAAGCCCUUGGGCUUGAAUUGCUUGGCAUUGCCCCCAGGACUUUGAAGAUGAACCUCUACUUCGAAGGAGGCUGGGAGGACGGUGAAGACUGCGAAGAUGGUGAGGAUUCGGAGGGUCGGAGAGGACCCUGUGAAGGCAAGGUUUGUUUGGAAGAGCUCAGAACGUACCUUGCCCAGUUGCACAGGAUCUCUGAGGCUGUGCAGAAGAAACGCGAACUUGUGGCAAGCUUUCGCAAGAGACAAGAUCAACAGAAAGGCAGGAGGUUUUGUGACCUUCCAGCCAACAGCUUCACAAGGAAAGCGGUGAAGGAGUUCCGCCUGGACAUAACAAAGACCGGAUGCUGGGAUUCUUCGGUGCUGGAGGAGGAGUGGAGGGCCUGGUACGAAUUGCGUCAAGAAGCUGAAUCGCGCGUGCAAGCGGACUUUGAGGAGGAGGAAGAAGCUGAGGAGGAUUUGUCGGAUUUGGGCGAGAACGACGAGGACUACUUCGAGUCGACGCGAUUCCGUCGGAAAAUGCUAAAGACCUUGCGGCAGGAUUAUGCGAAGGCCUUGAAAGAGGCUGGAUUCUCCGCACCCAAAGCAAAAGCAGCAGCCCAGGGGCUCUACAUCAAUGAAGGCAACGUCGUUGACGAGGGUGACGGCCAGCCGCGCACAUGCACGGUGAGUGUCCGCAUCUUCAGUGCUGUUGGCAACUCUGCCAGGUUUGUGGAUCUGGAGCAUGAGCAUCACUCUCGUGCUCGUGCAUAUUCCUAUGAGGAGUUUGCCGAUAUCAAGGCCCAGGUCUCUGCAUUCGAUCCAGAAACCGGCACCUUUCAGGUUGCAGAAGACCUUGAGGGCACCUCGGACGACUUUGUUCUCUUUGGCAUGGACUGUGAUGAGCAGACUCGUGACUGCACGUAUUCGCUGGCCUCCGCCAAUGAGGUGCAAAAGCUUGUGGCCGCAGUCUUUGGUCAGAAGCCUCGAGGAUCAUCCCUCACUGGCCGGGCUGCUUUCCGCGUUUUCAUGAUGGCAUGCGGGGCCGAUGCGUAUCCUUUUACUGAGAUGAGCUACGAUGAGUUCUGCCCCCUCAGUUAUGUUGUCUUGGAGGAAGACUUUGUCGAAAUGAGAUCGCGCAUGUUGAGAGUGCGGCAGCUUCUUGCCGACGAGGAGGGGCCCGACGUUGGAGGCAAGGCGGACAGCGGCACGCCCACGCUCAUGAGCACAGCUAAGCUGCAGGAGGCUCCGGCCCCGGUCGACGUGCCGGCCCCUGUGUUGGAGGCGGCCCAGAACGUCGCCUUGGUCGAUGGCCAAUUCCAGCUGCCCAAGUGCCGGAAAGUGCUGUUCUCGGGGGAAGACCUCCGACUUGCAGGAGGAUCACCGCCUUCGGAGAUUGGGAGCGGGCUUGGGCUCGGUGUCUCCGCUCACCGGCUAGCGCCCGCCCGCGCAGCGGUGGCGGCCAGUGUGGCGCUGGGUGCAUCGCGCAUGGCGGCCAAUGGCCAGUACAUCUGCUACAGGUGCGCGGACGGUGAAGGUGCCCAGGUCGAAAUCCUCUCCGCGACCUCCUUGACACCGGUCACCCGCAUCGCCUCGCAUGCCAGGGUUGUGGACCUUGCCUUGAAUUGCCAGGACCACAACCUGCUGGUGGCCUUCGACAGCUCGAGAGUGGAGGUGCACAGGCUGCCACAGCCGGGCCCGUUGAUGCUGCUGACCUUCGAGGAGAGCGCGCCGAGGGCAGUCGAGUGGCACCCUUCCAAUCAAAAAGUGUUUCUCACUUUGCACGACAGCUACAUCCUGCUUUGGCACCUGCCAGCCAUCGUGCACCACGUGGCCAUGCACCCGCCGGCCGUGCCACGUGCAGAUCGGGAGGCGAAAAACCAGCUCUCCGUAUCGGCGGAAGUGCGUCAGACCGUCGCACGCCAGGUAGACGUUGCCACCGGCGGGCAGGAAUUGGAACGAAUGGCGAUGGCACCUGACGGCGACUUCCUAGUAGCCGCCUCGAAAUCGCAGCUCAUAGUAUGGUCCCUGCGUGCGGAGGCGUGGCCGGCUGCUGUGGAGCACCUUCGCACGGUCCAGCUGGAGCAGGCCUUCGAAAGCGACAGCCGGGUGGUUGCCCUGCGCGUGGCCGUCGCGGCUCCUUCGGUUCUCGUCGUGUUGGUGGCCGCCGAGCUCGAGGUGGCCCUUGUCACGCUCAACCUGCGCGCGGCGCAGGUCCACGAAUUGCCGCGACGGCAGCAGAUGCUCCGGUUUCCCGGCCCCGUGAGUGCCGACAUCUUCCGCAGCCCCGGCGCUGAGACCUUGGCUGUGGCAAUCCUUGCCAGCAGCGGCGAGGAGGGUGGGGACGAGGCGGACGCCCUUCUCUACGGCGCCCUCGAGCCAGCUUUCGAGUACCAGGAGCUGCGGACGCUUGUGGCGCUUCCCCUGCCCAAGGCCCCAGGUCGAAGCAUCGGCGUGGUGGUCGAUGGUACGCAUCUGCUGCUGCCGGUGCCCGGCCCACCACAGGAGAUCGAAGAGGGUGCAGCCGUGGUGGUGCUGCUUCUCAACAACCGGCCAGCGGUGGCAGAAAGCAGCGACGAUCUGGGUGUAGGCUGGGCCGAGCGCCGGAUUUCUGGAGCAAGAGGUGCCAGCGAGGCCCUGGCGGACCUCGUCAUCCAGCGGCUGCCGGCCGCAAUCCAGUCGCCAGGGGCCGAUGCCAAGCUGCAGGCGGAGGUGGCGAAGCUGAAGAAGCAGGCCGGCAGUGCUGAAGAGAAAGCUGCCAAGAUUCUCCGGCGCAUGAGCGACGUCGAGGCGCUGCAGCAGACCCCGGGCUUCAAGAGGAUCAGGGACCAACUGACCAAGGAUCUGGCGCAGUGGAAGGACCCGGGUUUGCCACAGGUUUUGCUGGCCCUCCUGGAGACCUCGGACUUUGCCGACCACUUCGCCGAAGGGCUUGCGCGGCCGCAGCAGUCGCAGUCGCCCCUCAUGCAGGCUUUGCGCCCCAGCAAACAGCAGCUCAUUGAGGCUCUCCGCGAGGACUACCGGGACUGGUGCGGGACGGCCGCCGCAGAGCGGGUUCGCGAGCUCUUCCAGUCCGGCGGACUUCCGGAAGUGCGCGCGGCCAUGGACAGCGCCCUGAAGGAGGUAUCAGCGAUGUACAUGCAGACCAUGACCAGGCUCUUGGAUGACGUGCGGUCAAACGCUAAGGCAGCCCACUUCGAGACCGCAUGCCAGAAGUCAGUGAGAGCGGCCGUUCAGCGGGAGGCGCAGGCUUUCGAGGGAGAGCUGAAGAAGCGUCCUGCUGGUUCCAGGUCGGGUGCGGCUACACCGGCCGGAGAUCAAGCCAUUCGCGAUGGCUUCCUGAGUCGCCUGCGCCGUGCGGCGGCGCCGAUCGGAGCUGAGCUGCGCGGGGCUGAGGAGGCCUUGGCAGCUGCAGGUGGCUCGCUGGCCACGGCUCGGACGGCCUUGGACGGUGCAGCCGGCGGAGGCGUGCCUUUGACAGCGAUCUGCGGCCCUUCCGCGCAGUCCGACUCCUCUGACGAGUGCCGUGAAUGUGGGGACGCUGAAGCCAGUGUCACAGACUUUAUUGACGGCUGUGAAGAGGCGGAGGGGCUUCUACCAAGUCGGGCUUUGAACUGCAGCACUAGCCAGACAGCACACGGCUCAGUUUGCAGGGCGUGCACAGGGCCUUUUGCCCCGGCGUGCGUGGUGAGCAAUGUCAUGUCGCGCUAUGGGAGGUAA